AUGGAGAAGGAGGCAUCACCCGAGCUGGUGGCAUCCCUCAAGGAAGCCUUGGCUGCGGUUCUAGAAGUGCGGCCUGCAAAUCCAUUGAUAUUUCUACUGGCAUAUUUCCGCCGCGCUGCACAACCAGACAGCAUGGAAGCGUUGGCCUAUUUGCUGAAUGCUUGCCCACGUUCACGAGGCUGCUUUCAGGAGAAUGUGUACUCAACCUUCGUCUCCCUCAAGCGUCCAAAAGCAGAGACUUUGCAAUUGCAGGUCUGCGAUUCGUUCCUUCGGAUCCUUGGAGCUGCACUUCCGGAAGAGAUCAUGGAAGGUCUCUUGGAACAGCUCCGUGCUGGAGGCAGCGCUGUUCACUUCAACGAGUUCAAUUCUGUUGUGGAAGCUUGCAUCGCUGCCAACGAGGCUUUGGAAGGCUCCAAUGCGGGAGAAUCUGCGCUCACGUGA